AUGAAAAGAUGGGAUCUUCCUGUCAUUGAAAGCAUGCUUCAAAGUUCGCCUUAUGUGGUGACAUUGGUUAUAGACAUCAUAUCCGGCCACAUAGAGUCAGACACAGAGUUAGAGAAGAAGAAGAAGGGCCAGAUAGAUCGAAUCAGCACCUUACCUGACUCCAUCCUCCUCAGGAUCCUCUCCUUUUUGCCCACUAAAGACGCUGUCGAAACAGGCGUUUUAUCCAAAAGAUGGGCCUAUCUUUGGACCUCCGUUCCCUAUCUCCUUUUCGACUUUAAUCACUUCGAAUGCACCGACGAUUUCGCCAGUGCCGUAGAUCAUACCCUGCUCCUACACAGGGCUUCCAAACUAACGAACUUCUCAGUUCGAUUCAAGUACAAGAAAGACCUAAAGCCUCGCGUCGAUCUUUGGGUUCGUUUCGCCACAGCUGCCAAAGUAGAUCAACUUAGUCUAGAUUUUUCACCUCCUUGUUAUAUCGAUCUUGACGGAUACCAACUGCCUCAGCAUCUCUACGCCAAUGAGUUUAUUUCUGAACUCAAUCUUAGUUACUGCAAAAUUUUCCCUAAUGGGUUACUACAUUGGAGUUCACUCAAGCACUUGUGUAUUGGGCAAUCGCCCUUGCAUGAAGAUGUGAUAAGGAAAGUGUUAAUGGGUAGUCCUAGACUUGAAUCCUUGGAAUUGCAUGAUUGUUGGGAGUUUAAUCGGUUGGAUAUAGUGUCCGAGAGUUUGAAAAAGUUGGUGAUAGAUGGCUAUUUGAUGGGUAUGUCGAAAAGAUAUGCCCCUGUGUUGGAAUUGGAAAUUGUGGCUCCAAAGAUCCAUUCUUUGGAAAUUCUGGGGAAUUUUUAUUACACGACAUGUCGGAUAAAGGAUGUGUCGGCGUUGGUUGAGGUUAAACUUGAUUUCGACAUGCGGCGUAGAUAUCAUAGUGAGGAGGAUAAUUAUAUUAAGGAGGUGUAUGGUUAUAAGGAGUACCGGGGUAUUGUGAGAGACAUUCUUCAGAGUGUGCAUCAUGUCAAGAAACUCACUGUUGGCAAUUGGUGUCUCAUGGUUGUGUCUUUAAUAAUAGCGAAACAUCCGCCUUCUCUGCAAAAAAAGUGCAUAUGUACAACGGAAACAAACAUGGAAAAUUGGAACUUAUUGACAAAGUGCCAAUGUUUAACAAUGGAAACAAACAUGGAAAAUUGGAACCUUCCUGGCAUUGCAUUCCUACUUCAAAGUUCACCUUACUUGGAGACAUUGAAUUUUCACAUCCCACCCUUCUGCCGUAUAGGCACAGAGUAUUUAAGAUGGAGCUAUCAUGCAGGGAACCAUUGGGAAUUAAAGGAUACCUAUUUUAAGUUUUUGCUACUAUGCCUCAAGUCUGUCAAGAUUCAAAGCUAUGGAGGAUUAAUGGGCAAGAAGGAAUUAAAUUUUGUGGUACAAUUUCUGCUUAAGAAUGCAAAGGUGCUGGAGAAGAUGGUUAUCACUCCACCACGAGCUUGGCAAAAUCCAACUCAUGAUAUGCUACGUGGAUCUCUACAAAUGGCUCAAAAAUUGUUAAGCUUCCCUCGAUCCUCUCCUCAUGCAGUGGUUAUAUUCUCAUAUCUGUAAAAUCAUUUUAAGUUGUUUAAUCCUCUUAUUAAACAAUCAAAUUCACAUAAAUACAUACUAGUUAUGUAGAUUAGUCUAGUUCA